AUGGUGAGACAAAGUAACCGUGAGAUCCUUUCGAAGGGCAAAAAUUACGUUCAAAAACAAGCCAAGAAAUUUGGUGCUGAUGAGGUAACGUUCGACAGAGAUUCUCGACUGGAGUAUCUAACAGGAUUCCACAAGCGUAAGGUAGAGCGACAAAAAAAAGCACAGGAAUUUGCCAAGGAGCAGGAGCGUCAGAAUAAAAUCGAGGAACGACGGAAGUUGCGGGAGCAACGGAAACAGGAUGCCGAGGAGCAGUUUACAAAGUUUAAAAAUUCGAUGAAAGAAGUUGGCGAUUACAUCGGCAGCGAUGGGGAAGAUGAAAGUUUACGAGUUCAACCAGGCGAAAAUUCCGACAACGAAGGCUCGUGGACCGGGUUUUCUGACGAUGGUGAUAGCACCAAUGGCGUGAAACCGAUUUUGAAGAGAACUCGCGACGUUUAUGACGACGACACCCAAGUCGACAUUGAGCCGCUGGAGCCAAAUGACAAUUUCGAGUACCUAGCUCGCGCCAACAACGUGCGGUUGGAGCGCUCGGAAAAGAUAUUGGACGAAAGCAUCGAUCGGGCAGCCAAAUAUGCCAAAUUCCUAGGAAUGGACGACAAACCCAAGAAGAAAAAGAAGUUCAGAUAUUUGACCAAAGCUGAGAGAAGAGAAAAUCAACGGAAGGCUAACAGUAACAAGCGUAGGAAAUAG